GUUGUUAUUGCCAUUGGAAAUGGGGGACGAAGUUCAAGCACAGGCCCAAGCCCAGGCAGAGGCAUGGCGCCUCUCCCUUGCCUUUGCCGACUCGCUCGCGGUAAAGAGCGCGAUCGAGCUCGGCAUACCCGACCUUCUCCAAGAAAGCGACACCCCUCUGAGUCUCCCUGAGAUCGCCAUGUCUCUCCCCUCGACCUCCCCGGACACCACCACCCUCUCCCGCAUCAUGCGGUUCCUGGUACGAAAGCAUGUCUUUACUUCGCAGGAGAUCGAGGACGAGACCAGGUACGGACCCACACGUACCUCUGGUUGGCUCACGAAACAGGUCCACAGGCCGAGCCUCGCACCGUUUUUGCUGUUGGAGACGGGCGUUGUUUCUCUUAAGCCUUGGCACUAUUUAAGUAGGUGUGUUUUAGAGGGGGGUGAGGCUUUUGAGAAGGCGCAUGGUGUGGAAAUAUGGGGUUAUGGGGCCAAAAAUCGGGAGUACAGUAGGUUGUUUAAUGAGGCCAUGGCUUGCAAUGCUCAGAUCGUUUUGGAAGCGUUGCUGCGUGGGUAUGAGAAUGGGUUUGAGGGGUUGGGAUCUUUGGUGGACGUUGGUGGUGGGACUGGGAUGACUAUAGGGGAGAUUGUGAGGGCAAACCCUCAUAUUUCUGGCAUUAACUUUGACCUGCCUCAUGUUGUGGCCACUGCACCCCACUACCCUGGAGUGGUUCAUAUUGGGGGUGAUAUGUUUCAUGCUAUUCCCCAAGCUGAUGCCGUUUUCAUGAAGUGGAUAAUGCACGAUUGGGGAGACGAAGAUUGUGUGAAGAUCCUGAAGCAAUGCAAGAGGGCGAUUCCUGAGAAGACAGGGAAGGUGAUAAUUGUGGAUGCAGUGGUGGGUGGGAAAGAAGGGGUGUUUGGAGACGCCACUUUGGCGUUCGACCUGGUAAUGAUCGCACACUCUUCGGGCGGGAAAGAGCGGACAGCAGAGGAAUGGGGUAAACUCCUGAAGGAUGGAGGUUUCCGUCGCUUCAACAUCAUCUCCAUCCCAACCAUCCAAUCCGUCAUCGAGGCCUUCCCGGAGUAGAUAUUGGCUAUACAAUUUGACUGGACUUCGAUUGCAGUCUCAACUCUACCUUCCACAAAGAAAACUAAUAAAGAGAAUAAAAUGGUUUCCAUAGUAUCUCAAAUUGCUUAUUUUUGUUCCCAGGCCCUUUCUCGCAUUGUGCCCAUGCUUGUUUCCCUCACAAGCUACACAUAGGUUUAAUCAUUUGUGUACUGUUCCUAGUUACAUAAUUAGGUAUGAUUAUUCAGCUAUUGCACAGUGCAACCAUUUGCAUCAGGGAAUAAUACAUAGGAGUUUAUAAUUGUCUA